ACACUCGCCUCACGCCCUCACCGCCUACAAGAACAAGCCAUUUGUCCGAGACGACAACGGCGCACCACAACCCACUGCGUUACUGUACAGCGCUGCCCGCACUGCCGUGCAGAACGCACCGGCGUUCGUCAGCCAUGGAUCACCUGCCACUGGCCGCGCCCACCGCCGCGGCGUCGCUCUCGCCGUCCCCGUCGCAGGGCGCCGCGAGGGCUCUCGACGCGUACAAGGCAGCGCUGGCCACGGCGGCCUCGGCCGCCGCGUACGCCGUGAUGGCGCGCAGCAUGGCGAGGGAGCUGCUCCCCGACGAGCUCCGCGCCGCGGUGCGGUGGUGCGCGGCCGUGGCGCGCGCCCGGUUCGGACGCGGCGAGAGGGAGCGCCACACCAUCGUCAUCCGGCGCCAGUACGACACGGGGUACGGCGAGAACCACCUCUUCGACGCGGCGCGCGCGUACCUGGCCACCCGGAUCGACCCGCGCGCCAUGCGCCGGCUCUGCCUCGCGCGCUCCCGCGCCAAGGAGCCCGACGGCUGCGGCGGCAGGUGGAGCACGCUCCUCUGCAUGGAGCCCGGGGGAUCCACCGUCGACGUCUUCGAUGGCGUCGAGUUCACCUGGACCUCCGUCGAGACCGGCGGCGACGACAAGAAGAAGGGCAAGGGUGGCGGCGGCGGCGGCUCCCCGCGGGAGUCCCUCGAGCUCAGCUUCGACGCCGAGCACACCGACACGGCGCUGGAGCGGUAUGUGCCCUUCGUCAUGUCCACGGCGGAGGAGCUGCAGCUGCGGGACCGCGCGCUCCGGAUCUUCAUGAACGAGGGCCGGUCGUGGCACGGCAUCAACCACCACCACCCGGCCACGUUUGACACGCUCGCCAUGGACCCGAACCGCAAGGAUUCCGUCAUCGCCGACCUCGACAGGUUCCUAAAGCGCAGGGAGUACUACCGCCGUAUCGGCAAGGCGUGGAAGCGCGGGUACCUCCUCUACGGCCCGCCCGGCACCGGCAAGUCCAGCCUCGUCGCCGCCAUGGCCAACUACCUCCGCUUCAACCUCUACGACCUCGACCUCUCCGAGGUGCGCCUCAACUCGGCGCUGCAGAAGCUGCUCAUCCACAUGCCCAACAAGUCGAUCCUCGUCAUCGAGGACAUCGACUGCUGCUUCGACGCCGCCGCGUCGAGGAAAGGCGCCAAGGCGCCGGAGGUGGUCGCGGAACUGGACUCCGGCUACACGUCGGAUUCGUCGGACGACAGCUGGCCGAUGAACACGCAGCAGCCGGCGAAGGGUAUCACUCUGUCCGGGCUGCUGAACUUCAUCGACGGGCUCUGGUCGACGUGCGGCGAGGAGCGCAUCAUCGUCUUCACCACCAACUACAAGGACCGCCUGGAUCCGGCGCUACUUCGGCCGGGCCGCAUGGACAUGCACAUCUACAUGGGUUACUGCUGCUGGGAGGCUUUCAGGACGCUAGCCAGGAACUACUUCCUCGUCGACGAUCACGAGCUGUUCCCGGAGAUCCAGGAGCUGCUCUUGGCGGUGGACGUGACGCCGGCCGAGGUGUCUGAGAUGCUGCUGCGGAGCGAGGACGUUGACGUGGCGCUCUGGGGGCUCAAGGAGUUUCUCCAGGAGAGGAGACGGAAGACGAGGAAAGAAACAGAGGACAAGAAGGAUGCAGCAGAAGACAGGGUGGAGGUAGCAGAGGAAGCAGCAGAAGACAAGGUGGAGGUAGCAGAGGAAGCAGUGUAGUUUCUUCUUCAGUGUAGCUUCCCCUCUUCCAUGGACCAUUUUAUUUCUGGGGAAGGAAAUCGAUGCAUGUCACAUGAGAAUAAAUAACUAGGCAACAGGAAUAAUCAGGCCUUGUCAACCCUCAUUGCCCUACCCCUUUUCCAAGCUGUAGUACUACUGUUAUCGUAUCCCCUGUUGCUGCAUGUUUGUGUCAUUGUGUUGCUCUUGCCAGCUAAUCUGUUUCAGAUGCAGAGCAGUCCCAGACUUCCAGUAA